UUACCGCACAAUGGAAAUCAUGAAAUAUCAGUAUAUUUACGAGUACGAGUUCUACCCUAGCACCAGUGCUGCAAAAACAGCUCGAGGGAUUAAUGAUGUGUAUGGCGCUGGUGUCGCAAAAGAAAGCACGAUACGUUUUUUGUUUCAACGUUUUCGUUCUGGAAAUUUCGACCUUCAGAACCAACCUCGUGGACGGCCGGAGACCAAAGUGGAAAAUGAAGAAUUAAAGGCUAUUGUGGAAGCGGAUCCAUCACAAAGCACUUCAGAGAUAGCUGCAGGCUUCCGGGUAAGUGAUAAAACGCACGAGUCAGCGUCACGAGAAAAAAACUAUAAGACUGGUCAUACGAAUUGUGGCACAAUCGCUUAGCUCGUCUUAUCCUCUGGGCUACGAAGACUAGUUAAAGAUUUCAAUAAACUUGAUACUUGUACGUUUUUUUGUAAUAUUUUUAAAGCAAACAAAUAACCCGUGU